AAGGAAAUGUGACGCAAUGACGUGACAUGCGCAGUCUGGCGUUUCCUUUCUAAGUACUGGCGGGGUGUAGGAUUUCUCCGGGAUAAGGAGAUCAAAAAGGCUGCAAAAUGGGCUUCGUUAAGGUCGUGAAGAAUAAAUCCUACUUCAAGAGGUUCCAGGUGAAAUUCAGGAGGAGGCGAGAGGGGAAGACAGACUACUUUGCACGUAAGCGCCUUGUAAUCCAGGACAAGAACAAGUACAACACACCCAAGUACAGGAUGAUUGUCAGGUUCUCCAACAGGAACAUAGUUUGCCAGGUCGCCUACGCCAGGAUCGAAGGGGAUGUGAUCGUCUGUGCAGCCUAUUCCCACGAGCUGCCAAAGUAUGGCAUCUCAGUGGGCCUCACAAACUACGCUGCAGCCUAUUGCACUGGUCUGCUGUUGGCUCGUAGGCUUUUGAACAAGUUUGGCCUGGACAAAGUUUAUGAAGGUCAGGUAGAGGUGACUGGGGACGAAUUCAACGUGGAGAGCAUCGAUGGACAGCCGGGUGCCUUCAGUUGUUACCUGGAUGCAGGACUUGCCAGAACUACAACCGGAAACAAAGUAUUUGGGGCCUUAAAGGGAGCAGUGGAUGGAGGAUUGUCCAUACCUCACAGCACCAAGCGCUUUCCUGGUUAUGACUCUGAAAGUAAGGAAUUCAACGCAGAAGUUCACCGCAAGCAUAUUAUGGGUGUAAAUGUGUCAGAGUACAUGACGUAUCUUAUGGAGGAGGACGAAGACGCCUACAAGAAGCAGUUUUCCCGCUUCAUCAAGAACGGUGUCACCGCUGACUCUGUGGAGGAAAUGUACAAAAAGGCCCACACUGCUAUCCGUGAAAAUCCCGUCCAUGAAAAGAAACCUAGAAAAGAAGUUAAAAAGAAGAGGUGGAAUCGAGCCAAGCUCUCUCUGGCACAGAGGAAAGAUCGUGUUGCCCAGAAGAAGGCCAGUUUCCUCAGAGCCAGGGAACAGGAGGCUUCCGAGAGUUAGCAUGGAAAAUCUGUCCAUGGCCUGGCUACAGUGUUUUAAUAAAUAUAAAAAAAAUA